AAAUAUACGUACCCCGAGGCGUUAUAUAUGUGGGCUAAAACAAGGUAAACGCAGAAAGAAUGGAAAAACGUUAAACUUGUGUUUUGAUUUUCCAAACCGGAAGUUCUAGCGUACAUGGGGCCCGUACAUGCGACUUCCGGAUCCGGUAAGAACGAAUCAAACAUCUUCGAACAUCUUCAAACUUUUCUCCUAAAGACAAAGAGCAAAGAACAACAUAAUCACAGUAAACCGACAUCGCUAAAUAUAGAUAUAACAGAAUGUAUAUGGAGGGAUUCCCAUUAUCCGUGGACUCUCCUUCCAAAGAUAGCAAUGAGAGUAUACAAAGUAGACUCGAUAGUAGGAAGAGAAAUCAUGGCUGAUGAUGUGCCUCUUGAGUCAGAAAGAUCAGGGGCAUCAGAGAGAUCAUUAAAGACAGAGGAUCAAGUAUUUACUUGUAAGUUCACAGGCAGACAGAGUACAGUUUCAGUUGGAAGAGAAAAAAUUGAUAUUGUGGAGUGUGCUGAUGUAAAGAAACCUACAAAGAUAGCAAAAUCUGAUCACAUUAUCCUGAGUGAUGUACUUUGUGCUAAAGUAACUGGUCAUUCUGAGGUGACACUUCAUGUGAUACAAGGCACAAGCAAAGACAAGAAACUCACACUGAAACAAGUAAAGCUGUCCCUAAACGAUAAUGCACAGUUGGAAAUUCUGGAGAAGAAAAUAAAUGAUGCUAUCA